ACAACAAAGCAACCUUACCGUGUCAUCCGCAUCUUAGCUUCUGCAAGCAUAGUCGUUGCGGUAUGCGACUUGCCUGUCAUGCAGCGACGACAUUUGUCAUCUCUUAUGAAGAAGGCUGCGUUGCGGAACAGAUUCCACAUUCGUGGCGUCUACGAGGUUGAUCAAUAAUGUCAUUUCGGGCCAUCACCACCAUGGAAUACCCAAGUGCAUGUGUCAUGCCACGAUAGCAAUGCCACGAUCGCAUAAGCCGCCUCCGGUCGGAGACUCGAAUUACCAUCGAGUAAGCAACAUGAUGCUACUUAAAUCUCAAUAUAUGUAUCAUAUGUGAUUUCAGUCUCAUAGCAUACAGCUGAGUGUCUCCUACCCUCCAUCUUUACCCUUCGCUCCCCGCAGAGCCUAUCAUCGCGGCCGCCCCAGGACAACAUGCCCUCGUACGUAGUCACCGGUAGCAACCGCGGCCUGGGAUACGCUUUCCUCGUCCACCUGGCGGCAAUCCCUGGCAACACCGUGAUCGGGCUCGCGCGCGACGUUGCUAAAACCAAGGAGAAGCUGGCCACAGACGGCAUCAACAACGUCCACGUCUUCGCAGCGGACAUCACCGACAUCAAAGCCCUUCAGCUAGCCGCCGAGGAGACGGCGAAGAUCACAGGCGGCUCCCUUGACGUGUUGAUCAACAAUGCCGGCUAUGUGUCGAAACAGAGCGCAUGGUCAAGCCUGCCAGACAUCACGCCCGAGGCACUGGAGGAAGACCUACUUACCUCCUUCAAGAUCAACGUCGUCGGGGUAGCGCACACCAUCAGCGCCUUCCUGCCUCUUAUCCGAAAGGGCCAGCAAAAGAAAGUCAUCACCAUCUCCACCGGUAUGGCCGACUUGGACUUCACCAACCACUUCACCAUCCCCAUAGCAGGCCCAUAUGCCGUCUCCAAAGCCGGUACCAACGAGCUCGUGGCGAAAUACAACGCCGCUGCCGGCAAGGCCGAAGGCAUCCUCUUCAUGUCCAUUAGUCCGGGAGUUGUUGCCACGAGCGACGAGCCUCCGACUGAGCAAGACAUGGCUGGCGCUCAAGCGAUGUUUGCAAUGUUCAGCGCGUACGCGCCGGACUUUAAAGGUCCGAUGCAGCCGGCUGAGAGCGUUCAGAUGGUCAUGCAGGUGGUUGAUAAGGCGACGGUUGAGACGAUGGGAGGAGCGUUUGUGAGUCAUUUCGGCACGAAGCAGUGGUUGUAAGUUGUUAGUAGCCUUGAGCAAGACCAUUUAACUAGGUAAAACUGUAAUGUCAAAUACUGUUGUUAUGCCACCC